AUGGAUCAACAAAAAUUUCUUGAGCUCUUGCAGAGCAUUCAAAUCCCUGACACCGAAAGGGUCAAGGCUGCUACCACCGAACUUCGAAAGAACUACUACCCUCAUCCUGAAUCCCUUCUAUGGCUCCUCCAUAUCCUAACAUCGCAUGAUGCGACUGAAGUCCGGCAGCAAUCUGCUGUUGAGGCCCUCCGCUUGGUUCCAAAGCACUGGACUGCUUUACCUGAAGACCAAAAGCCAGCUAUUCGAGAAAAGCUCUUGGAAACUACUUUGAAUGAACAAGGAGCCCUGGUCCGCCAUUCUGCUGCGCGUGUUAUCUCUGCUAUUGCCAAGAUCGAUCUCGAAGAUGGAUUGUGGGCCUCCCUUCCGGGCGUUCUUGCCCAGGCUUCCACUUCACAACAAGUCGCACAUCGGGAAGUUGGUGUCUACAUAUUGUUCACUCUUCUCGAGGCUGCCGGUGAUAUAUUCACCGAUAAGCUUUCCGAUCUCUUCUCCCUAUUCGAGAAGACGAUUAAGGACCCAGAGAGUGCAGAAGUCCGUAUCAACACUCUGCUUUGCCUCAGCAGAGUUGCGAUGUUGAUAGAACCUGAUGAGGAUCCGGAGAACUUGGCCCGAUUUGUUCAAGCUUUUCCCGACAUGGUUGCCGUGUUGAAGGUUGCGGUAGACCAACAAGACGAGGACAGAGCAAUGCAAGCCUUCGAGGUUUUCCAGACCCUCUUGGGCUGCGAAUCGGCUCUGAUGAACAAGCACUUCGCCGAUCUUUUGACAUUCAUGAUUGAUAUUGCAGCCAAUACGAAUAUUCCAGACGAAUCACGGACACAAGCCCUUUCCUUCCUAAUGCAAUGUGCCAGAUACCGGAAGAUGAAGAUCCAGGGCAUCAAAGAUAUGGGAGAGACUCUCACACUGAAGAGUAUGCAGAUCGCAACUGAAAUUGAUGAUGACGACGAGGAUGACGAUGAGGUCACUCCAAGCAAAUCGGCCUUAGGCCUCUUGGAUCUCCUUGCCAACAGUCUCCCGCCUAGACAGGUGAUCGUUCCCCUUCUCAAGGCCUUACCGCAAUUCGUCAAUAACGAGCAGCCAAAGUAUCGGCAGGCAGGCAUCCUGGCUGUGGGUAUGUGUGUGGAAGGUGCUCCAGAUUUCAUUGCCACACAAUUGGACAGUCUUAUGCCCAUGGUUUUCAAGCUUCUCAAUGACCCGGUCGUUGGUGUCCGGAAUGCUACUUUGAAUGGUGUUGCAAGAUUGGCCGAUGAUCUAGCUGAGGAGCUGUGCAAACACCACCAGGAGCUGAUUCCAGCAUUGGUCAGAAAUCUUGACUCGGCCUCCGUGCAAGCAUCUAAUGAGUCCGAUCAACUCAAGCAUCUUGCUAUCUUAAAGGCAUCCUGUGGUGCCUUAGAUUCCGUUGCAGAUGGUAUGGACAAGGAAACAAUGACCGCAUAUAUCUCGGAGCUUAUUCCUCGUCUCGGUCAAUUACUCAGUCAUCCAGAUUUCAACGUCAAAGCAAGUGCUGCAGGUGCUAUGGGAUCUAUUGCCGGUUCUGCUGAGGAUGCUUUCCUGCCGUACUUCGAGACGACCAUGAAAGCUCUAUCUGAAUAUGUCACAAUGAAAGACAGUGAGGAGGAGCUUGAUUUGCGUGGCACCGUCUGUGAUGCUAUGGGAAGUAUGGCCAAAGCAGUCGGUCCUGCCGCUUUCCAACCGUACGUUCAACCAUUGAUGCAAGCAAGUGAAGAAGCAUUGCACCUUGGACAUCCUCGAUUACGAGAGACAAGCUAUAUCUUGUGGAGCGUCUUGGCCCAAGUCUAUCAAGAAGAAUUCACACCAUUCCUCGAGGGAGUCGUGAAAGGUCUAAUGGAAAGCUUGGAACAGGAGGAGUCAGACCUUGAGGUCGAAUUAGGUGAAGAGGCAAAAGAAUUACUCGGACAGGAGGUUGUUAUCGCGGGGAAGAAGAUCAAGGUUGCAAACGCAGCUGAUGCUUCAGAAGAUGUUGAUGGUAUGGAGGAGGAUGAUGACGACGAUGAUUGGGACGAUCUCACCGCCGUCACUGCUGUUGCAUUGGAAAAGGAGAUCGCAGUCGAGGUUCUGGGCGACGUUAUCUCUCACACUCGCAAGCACUUUGUCCCUUACUUCCAGAAGGCUGUCGAGACCGUGAUGCCUUUGGUUGAGCACAACUAUGAGGGAGUACGAAAGGCAGCUAUUGGUACGCUAUGGCGAGCCUAUGCUUGCCUCUGGGCUUUAAUGGAGGACCACACCGGCCAGAAGUGGACCCCUGGUUUGCCUUUGAAGUUCCAGCCCUCCGAGGAGGUUCUUAAACUGGGCGAGAUUGUUACUACUGCAACUCUCUCGGUUUGGGAGGAUGAGCCUGAUCGAGCUGUGGUCACCGACAUCAACCGAAAUGUUGCAGCUACUCUGAAGCUCUGCGGUCCUGCGAUCCUGACGCAAGACAAAUUCGCUGAGCGGUGCACGUCGAUCUUAGCUUCGAUCAUAACAAGAUCGCACCCUUGCCAGCAAGACCUUGGCGAUGAGGACGACCACGAAGGCUUGGAAGACGAGGAAUCAUCCGAGUAUGACUGGCUUGUGAUCGAUACUGCAUUGGAUGUUGUUAUUGGUCUGUCUAGUGCGCUGGGAAGCCAAUUCGGGGAGCUUUGGAAGAUCUUCCAAAAGCCAGUUAUGAAGUUCGCUUCAUCACAGACUAGCCUUGAAAGAUCUACGGCUGUUGGGGUCAUUGCAGAAUGCACAGCGGGCAUGGGUGAAGGUGUUACACCUUUUACUCCUGUGCUUUUGAAGCUACUUCUGCAUAGACUGUCAGACGAGGAUCCUGAGACGAAGUCGAACGCUGCAUACGCGACGGGCUUGCUUGUUUUCCACUCAACGGAUUCUGCCUCCUACCUCCCAAGCUACAACACCAUCCUGUCCAAACUCGAGCCCCUCCUCCAAACUAAGCGGGCAAGGACACUUGAUAAUGCAUGUGGCUGCGUUAGCCGUAUGAUUAUGGCGCACCAAGAUCAAGUACCAGUGGAUGCCAUUAUGCCUGUCCUUGUGGGUUUGCUACCUUUGAAGGACGACUAUGAGGAGAACAAGCCGAUCUUCGACUGCAUCACUGGCCUAUAUGAACACGAGAACCCCACCAUCGUCGGUCUCACGCAACAGCUCAUUCCCAUUUUUGCGUCGGUCUUGGGCGAGCCGGCCGAGCAAUUGGAGGAUGACACACGGCACAAGGUUAUCAACACUGUGAAGUUCAUCGCUUCAAAGAACCCUGCUCUCAUUAAUGGAAAUGAGGUGUUGAUGAACUGCGUAAGAGGAUAG